UAGGUAUGUUGUGGGUGGAUUUGCACAGUGUUGGACUCAGUUGGACUCAGCCCUCAAAUCCACAAGGGAACUUAUUUCCUCUGCUUUGUGGGAAUUCUAAACAAAGAUACAAAACACAGUGAAUUAUGUGGAAAGACUUUGGUUCCAUGUUAUGGCUGAUGCUCCACCUCUCUUACCAAGGGAACACUUCCGACAUAAAUUGUCCUCCCAGAUGCCAGUGUUUCACGUCGACUAAGGUGAUGUGUUCUGAGGAGAGCAUGAGAAGCAUGCCCAUGAACAUCUCCACACAGGUGAAGGAGUUGGUCAUUAUGACAACGGGAAUGACGCACCUGGGCUCGAUCACGAUGCAGUACAGCCGCCAUCUCACCAAGCUGGUCUUCUUCAACAAUUUGCUGCAGGAUGUCUCCACCAUGGCCUUUGAUCGCUUGACCGGGCUCGAGGAGCUGGAGAUCAGCGGCAACUCUUGGCUGGAUUGUUUGAACCCAGGUACUUUCAGCAAACAGAGAAACCUCACCAAACUUUUGCUCAACUUCAACAGGUUCAAGUCACUGAAUGACGGCCUCUUCAGUUCACUUCAGAAGCUGAGGACUCUUCAGCUGAAGGGCAACAUCAUCUCCCACCUGCCCAGGCAGCUCUUCCAGAACCUGAGUAUUCACUCUCUUGACCUGUCCCUGAACAUGCUCACAGGGGUGGACAAUGAGCUCCUCAGCGGCUUGUCCCAGCUAGAGUCCCUCAAACUGGGCUACAAUAUGAUCAAUGUCCUCUUGCCCGACACUUUCCACAACAUCUCCCACGUGAAAGAGCUUUGCCUGCAGGGAAACCAGAUAUCUUACCUCCCUCAGGGUGUCUUUUCACAUUUACAGAAACUAGAGGAGCUGAACCUUCGCAGCAACUUGAUCACAAAUGUGAGCUCUGGAACCUUUCCCGUUGGCUUGAAAGAGCUGGAUCUCAAAGGCAACAGGCUGGUUCAGCUUUCGCCUGACUCAUUCGGCCAUCUAACCAGUCUCACACACCUGUUUCUGUCAAUGAACCAGCUCACUAACCUUCCAGAGGAUGUCUUUCGGAACCUGACGGGCCUGCAAAACCUGGACCUCUCGGAGAACCAGCUCACAUCGCUGCCGGGAACUAUCUUCCAAGAUCUCACAAAGAUUGAAAUCGUCCACCUGCAGAAUAACAACCUGAGCUCUCUGGAGGCCAUGCUGUUUGAGGACCAGGCCUUCUUGGAGCAGCUGUACCUCUCAGAGAACAACCUUCAGACCCUUCCUCAGGGCUUCUUUGACGCGUUCUUACACGAGAACGUGAUGAGACUGCGCAGGAACCCCUGGAGCUGCGACUGCCACAUGCUAUAUCUGUAUGACUAUGUGUCGGAGCACGGUCACUUGGUGGAGGACCUGAGUAAUGUGUAUUGUAAAGGCCCUGAGCCUUUGAGAGGACAGGGUCUGGUCUCCUUAGAGAGGGACCAGCUGGUGUGUCCAGGUAAUUUCUCUUCUAUAGCCAAAGCCACCACCUUCCAAGGCUUGGAAGAGAAACCAAACCCUAGCAAGUGUACUGUCCAGUUCAUCAACGACAACAUGACUAUCAAGUGCAAAGUGACUAAAUGUUCCCCAUUGAGACUUAUGGUGCAAUUCAAAGAAGGGGACGGCACCACGUCUGAGUACAUUAUGAAAAAGGACUGGGCAGAAUCUUCACAGUGUGGCAAUGGGACUAUAACUCUCACUGUGUGAAUGGUGUUCAUCAGCACAUGGGCUGAAGCUUUGCAAUAACUUCUCAAAGCAGGUUGGAUUUUCUUUAUCCAUCUACGUACAUCAUAGAGUUUUAUCAAACACACAAUAUUUUAUAUACCAACAUACUGUAUAUGAGAUGAGAGUGAAUUCCACCUGAAUUUAAUUUAAUUUUGAAGGUAUUGGCUUUGAAUAAUUUAUAAUAUGAUGUCUUGCAGACACAAGCAGUAUUGGUAUGAGCUUAAACAAAACUCUCCUACUGCCAAUGUCAAUAUUGUACAGACAUAACUCAACUCAAAACUGACAACCAGGCUGACGGUGUUUCCCACUCAUAGCUGAGAGAUAAGAGAGGUGGAUGAACUAUCCCUUGCGAGGUUCAAAGUUCAUCCCUAAUGUUCUAGAGACUAUGUAAUGAACAUAGUACCAUCCACACAAUAAUAUAGUAACAGAUAUAUCUACUGCAAUGUAUGCUCUUGCCAGCAGAUGACUCUAUUCCUCCAUUCACUUCACUGGCCAUGUUCCUUAAAUUGACUCGUGCUUUCGGCACCUCUGUCACUUGUAGAUUAUCUGUAGAUUCUCAAACAUCAACACACAUGUUUAGAUGUAGUAGAUGGUAACUCUGUUGACAUGCAACAACAAAUUCACAUACAGCUUUCAACCACACCCAGCAAUGAACUUUGUGGUUUUGUGUAGUUGAUUAGUCUUCAUUAAUUAAACUGACAAUCUGUGUAUGGCUAAUUGAACAUCUAUAAAACUAUCAAUCCUCCUGUGGAAGACAAUAUAAUUAAUGUGGUAACCUUGUUUCUCUCCAUUUUAAAGUAAUCAAUGCAGUUAGCAUAUGGAUAUGAUUUAAAAAAAAUCUAAGCAGUAAUCCAUUUGGAAAUAUAUUUGAAUAACUCUUGUAUUAUGAUUUAUUAUGAAUAAUUUAAAUAAGAAAGACCCUGCAAAAGAUCAAACAUGUUAUAGCGAAAUCAGAGAAGACAAAAUUCUGGAACACAAAUCCAACAAACACAAGCAUGGGGGUAGGUGCAUACACAUCUCCCCCAUGGAGAUCAAUGUAAGAGCUUCUCUCACUCUUUUAUUCUGGGGUUUAAAAGUUGAUCGAGACAAACAAGUCGUCCACAGAGACCCGUCUUCACACCCCUCUGCCCCUGGACACAGGAGAAGAUGAGGGAGAGGGAGAGAAAAGAGAGAGAUGAGGAAGGAGGGGGUUAGGGGGAAAGGGAUGAGUGGGGCCCACAGAUGGCAACACCUUGAAUAAAGCACUCUAACCCCAGGGUUUAUAAGGGUCAGGGGUCAUCGGGUCAAUUGUGUCCUUGGUCUGAGCUGACAUCACAAUUCAAAUGACAAAGUAGCAGUGUCCAAAGUUGCCAGGGAUGGCAUGAAACAGAGUAAUCCUCUCUUGACCAAAACUAAGAGGUAAACAUGAAUUGUGGGGAAAUAUUUGUCCCAAUACACAUAUCUAAUGAUCACCAAAUGAGCACAAUAUAAGUACUGGGGUGUUCACUCAAAUAUCACUGAUCCUAUAACCAGGGCCAGCCCUAGCCUUUUAAGGGCCCUAAGCGAGAUUUGGUAGGGGAGACCCCCAACUAGCAGUAAAACAUUUUAUCGGUCCCCCUCUUGAUAGCGGAGAGAAAAAUGUAAGUUUGAAAGUUAAUUUCCUGCAAUUCUACACAUUUUCUCAUGGGGCGUAAUUACACAUUUUCUCAUGGGGCGUAAUUACACAUUUUCUCAUGGGGCGUAGUUACACAUUUUCUCAUGGGGCGUAGUUACACAUUUUCUCAUGGGGUGUAAUUACACAUUUUCUCAUGGGGCGUAAUUAAACAUUUUCUCAUGGGGCUUAGUUACACAUUUUCUCAUGGGGCGUAGUUACACAUUUUCUCAUGGGGCGUAGUUACACAUUUUCUCAUGGGGCGUAGUUACACAUUUUCUCAUGGGGCGUAGUUACACAUCUUCUCAUGGGGCGUAGUUACACAUUUUCUCAUGGGGCGUAGUUACACAUUUUCUCAUGGGGCGUAGUUACACAUUUUGCAAUGACUUAUGCCACGUUAAUACAGUAUGAUAUCUGAGUGAGAAUUACUAACAAAAUCAUUGAGGGCCCCCUAGAGGUAAGGGUAUGUGUCCUGCAUACCGGUUUGUUUUUGGCAAUGAUAACUUCAAGUUUAGAUAGCUGGCUAGACUAACUAGCAACUACUGCUGAAGCACAGCCGAAUUUAGAAAUUGCGCUUGGUGUACUACUAUUCUUACUCUCAAUAGAAGUUCCUAAAACUAGGGCCCUAAGCAACCGCUUUUGUCGCUUAGGCCUGGGGCCAGCUGCCUAUAGCUUUGGUGCACAACAAGUCUAUUCAGCCAUUAAGACGAAGCUGGAGACUAACCCCAAAAUACAUAUUGAAUUUGAGGUUUAGCAUUUUGUUGAUUGAACUCAAAUCUAGAAUUCAUUUAAAACUUAUCUUUUCAAUCAAUCAGCUACUCGGUAUGGAAUGCAGAGCAGCGUUGCACCGGUAUAAAGUUUACCAUCUUUAUUUGCACUUAGGGACAGUUAUUACAGGUAAAAUACUACCAUCAACAUAAAUCAAUCAGACUGUAAAUUAGCUUGACUACAACCAUACGGCUAACAACCCAAUUACCAGCGGUAAUGACUGAUGUCCUGAGGAGAGGUCAAGUAGCCAGACCGGGACCCCUCUCUUAUCUCCUUUCUAGAGUUAUCAUCACCAUCAAAUCAGUUAUUGAGAUCCAUUAGACCAUCACUGACAGUUACCAGAUUAGCAGGGGAAUAGAAGUGAUGGAAUGACAAAUUUACAGCAGUGGGGAGGGAGUUGAGAUGCUGUGCUGCUGUCUUGCGAGGCUGGUUGAAAACCACCUUUUAACCCCCAGUCCUUCAUUUAUAGGCUAGUUAGUGCUGGGCACCAUACUUCACACCGCACCUCUUCAGCUGGGAGGGUGGGGAUUGUAUGGAAGGGAAGCAGGGUCUCAAAGUGGGGGCAUUAUCUCCCAGGACACACAAUGUCCAGAUGACACAAAUGUGCUGAGAGGUUUCCCACAGAGUUUAGGACAGCCAAGGAGAGGAGAGUGGCUGAGAGGGAAGACCAGAGUUCAGGGGACAAAGGGGAGAGGUCGUCUGAGAUCUACAACCUGAGGAGAGGGUUUUGGUUAUGGCCGUCAUUUGUGGUCAGAGGCUUUGAGACGAUACACAACUGGGGCAGUUAUAGACUCCGGGGCAGUUAUAGACUCCGGAGCAGUUAUAGCCUCCGGGGCAGUUGUAGACUCCGGGGCAGUUAUAGACUCCGGGGCAGUUAUAGCCUCUGAGGCAGUUGUAGACGCCGGGGCAAUUAUAGCCUCCGGGGCAGUUAUAGCCUCUGAGGCAGUUGUAGACGCCGGGGCAGUUAUAGCCUCCAGGGCAGUUGUAGACUCCGGGGCAGUUAUAGCCUCUGGGGCAGUUGUAGACUCUGGGGCAGUUAUAGGCUCCGGGGCAGUUAUAGACUCUGGGGCAGUUAUAGACUCCGGGGCAGUUAUAGCCUCUGGGGCAGUUGUAGACUCUGGGGCAGUUGUAGACUGGGGCAGUUAUAGCCUCUGUGGCAGUUAUAGCCUUUGUUGUGAGACUGUAAUUUUAACAGGUUCAGGUCAGGACAUCAUAGAGAUAAGACCCAAUUUUAUCAACAAGGUCAUAUAUCAAUUCACUCGUAUAAAAGACAAUAGGUCUACAUGAUGUUAAGUGGACGAGGAGAGCAGGCCCAAAUUGUAAUCUCUUCUAGCUGCACCGCUCUUCACCCAGUCUCCUCUGUGGCCUCCCAUAACAAGAGAAUUUAAGCUUCUUAUCAUCAAAUUACAAUUAUUGAGGUAGAAUGAAUCUGCAUCCCUGGACAGAGGGACCUGAGAGACCUGCUCUUAUAACGGAGAUCCUGGUUUUGUUUGUGACACUUGGGACACUCCAGAUGGAGUGUUUGUUAUUAUGCAUGCAACCCAUGCUUUGUUGUAUCUCAAUGGAGAUUCCCCAUUUCAAUAUUUUUAUUGUCGUUUUCAAUUAUACACUGAGUAAAAGUAUAAACACAACAUGUAAAGUGGGUCCCAUGUUUCAUGAGCUGAAAUAAAUUA